UGCUCUUGCGCUCACAUGACACUCUGAGCCAUGGCAGGAGAGAUCAAUGAAGAUUGCUGAGCACGUUGACUCCUCCGAUGGAUUCCUGAGCAAGUUGUCCCUCUACAAAGCGCUCGCUCUGAUUGCCCUCGCUCAGCAAGGAAAGCCCCCCAGUCCCAAACUCCUGGAGAACUUCAUACAAGAGUUACCGAAACCUCAGCUCGGGGAGCCCAGGGACCUGAACACGCUGAGGAUGCAGCCGGCUCAGGACGACGUCCUGACGAUGUCCCAGACGCUGGACCAGCUGCUGGGCAGAGACACGGUCCAGGUGGAGCUCAUACCUGAGAAGAAGGGCUUGUUCCUCAAACAUGUGGAGUACCAGGUCACCAGCCAGCGUUAUAAGAUCUCGGUCUACCGGCGCUACAGUGAUUUUGAUGUCUUCCAUGAGGUUUUGCUGCAGAGAUUUGCCUACAGAGUGGUGCCGGCACUGCCGCCUAAAAGAAUGUUAAAGGGAGUGCUGACCUCGGUCUCUGAGCGCGAGUUCAUUGAAGGGAGGAGACGUGCUCUUGGCAGAUUCAUUAACCUGGUGGCCCGGCAUCCCUUCUUCUCAGAGGACGAGCUGGUCAAGACCUUCCUCACCUUCAGCGGCUCCGAUGUUCAGACCAAGCUGCGUGACACUUACAAGAAAACGGGCGAUGAGUUCAUGACCAACAGAAUCGCAACCCAGGCGAAGGAAUAUCUCCCCGCUGACAUCCAGGCUCAGUUCUCAACAAGCAGAGAGCUGAUUAGAAACAUUCACAACAGCUUCCAGAAGCUGCGGGACAGAGCUGAGAAAAUGGCGGAGCGCUCCAAGGAGAAUGCAACUGAUCUUCUCAUGUUUGGCAGAGAGCUAAGUACUCUGGGCUCAGAUGCUUCGCCUCUUCCCUCCUUGGCCUCCUCACAGAGCACCUGGGGGAGGCUGCGUCAGUCUCUGAAGAGUCUGUCUGUGGAGUUCGCUGUGUUGUCUGACAAAGCCGCUCAGCAGGGCAGACGGGAAGAGGAUGAUGUUGUGGAAAAACUGAAUAUUUUCCUGGAUUUGCUGCAGUCGUACAGAGAUCUCUGUGAAAGACACGAGAAAGGCGUUCUCCACGAGCACCAGAGAGCUCUGCACAAGUACGGCAUGAUGAAGAGGCAGAUGAUGAGCGCCACGGUUCAGCCCAAAGAGCAGGCGUCUGUGGAGCAGCUGGAGUCACGAAUCGUUCAGCAAGAAAACGCCAUCCAGACCAUGGAGCUGCGUAACUACUUCUCCCUGUUCUGCCUCCACCAAGAGACACAGCUCAUCUUCAUCUACCUCCCGAUCACAUCACACAUUCUGGGGGCUUUCGUCAACUCCCAGGUCCAAGGACACAGAGAGAUGGGAGCGGUGUGGAAUGAACUCCAGCCAAAGCUCGGAUGUCUCUUUGGUGGAAAUAAUGGAUUGAAACCCCCGAUCUGAAACCUUAAAUACAGGAGGGUGCAGGAGAGAAACACUGCCGCUGAUGAGGAUAACUGGAAAAUACCUUUCUCUGUGAGCUGAAGAAAACUCUUCUUUUACACUAUAUACAUUCCAUUCAACAAUAGCUUUUUCUAAUGUAAAUGGAUUCUCCAGCUUGUUUUGGGGGGUUUGAUCAUCAACCAUGUAACUGGAAUAGACAGUGGGUCCAUUUAAUGUCAUGCUUGAGGAGGAAAUAUAAAUGCUUUUUUACAAGGGACCAGUCAGACUGUCAGACAAGAGGGAUGACAGAAUAUAUAUGCAGUCCAACUCAUUUCCUAAAUCACCUGUUUCUAACUUGGAAGAAGUUUUUAUACACUAAGAUAGUUGAGAAACAUUGAGAGCGACAGCCAGUUUUAGUUUAUUAAAGGAUGGGAUUCUUUUAAAUCUCCAGUCAUGAAGGUUUUACUUACAGAAUAACUUUAGAACAAUGUAUUUUUUAUACCGAUUUGAGUUCAUAAGGAUGUGUAGCAGCCUACUUUAUAUUUUAAAUCGACAAAUGUGCCAUUUCUUUUACUUAUACAGUGUUUACUUUUAUGUAGAGCAAUAUAUUUGCUUUAUCUGCUUAAAUUGACUCCCAGUUUUAUUUUAUAAGCUACUUUGAAAAGCCUAUAAUACAAGUGUAAAAUACGACAAAGGGCAGAGAUUUGAGAUUUAUUGAUUAAAAAAUGACAACUUUUAGCCUUUGUGGCAUAAUGUCAACAAUAACACUAUAAGCUAUUGCUUUACUACCAAAGAGAAAUUAUAUUAAUCCACACAGCGGUGCAUUAAACCAUGUAACGGGAUUUCUGCACAGUUUGAAUUUAAACAUUUAAUAAUCACCACCUUUAUUUCUUUAAUUUCACUUGAAGAUUUUUUGCCAUGUCACUUUAUAGAUGGAGGCUAUUUUCACAGUUGGAGAAAUCCAAAUUUAAACUGUUUUAUAACGUGUGGUUACUUUUGAAUUCCCUUUCUAUUAGACUUUCUACUUUUCAGACAUUUUGCAUAAAAAUAAUCAUGCACAUUUAUGUCUGUGCAUAUAUAGUUUAUCAGAACUUUGUUUUUUUUCUAAAUAAGUAAAUCAAAGGGACAAGUUGCCGUAUAUAUGCGGGCCCACGUUACCUCACAAACUGAUAUCAUCUCAAAUACACCGAACUGACUGUGUUAAAAUGAACAACGCCAACAUGCAAAUCAGGAAAUGUGCACAUAGAUCAACUUUUUUAUAUCUGCAAACAAACUGUAUCUGGAAUCAUAUAACUAACCAGCACAGAAUAUGAAAUCCAAUAAAAUUAUUACUGUAGAUAUUGUAAAUAUUUUAUUAAAAAAAAGUCAUUACUGAAAUUAAAAUUACAGAAUGGAUAUUUCUGACAGUAUAAUGCUGCUUU